AUGUCGGAGGCCGACCUCCGAGCCAGCGCCGUUAUAGGUCACGGAGUCACGCGGCACAAGGAUGCCCGACUCGCGAGAUGCUGCCAAGUGGGAUAUCCACGGCCCGCGCGGCCCCUGCCUGGGGGAAGAGCCAGGCCCGGUGGGGCCAGAGGAGGCGAGCCGGACCCACAGCCUCCGUUCCGCAAGCGAAGGCUUCCGCCGGCGGGCACUGACAACUCAUCGCGCCUGGGGCCGGCCGCUACCGCUCCCCCCGGUACGGCGGCGAGGAGGCCCUACAGAGGCGCAGAACCGAGCUGCAAGGCCGGCAGCGGACAGGCUGCCCCCGCCCCCAGCCUGACCCGGCGGAAGCCCCGCGCCUCAUUCCUUCUUCCUAACGUGACCCAGCAUUUCCCCCCCGGCGGCACCUCGGGGCCAGCCCCCGCUGUCACCAGCCACCGAGCGCCGCGGCGGGCAGCAGCACAGGCCGGCCCAGGCCCUCCGCCACCGGGACAGGGCCGCGGGCCCGCCCCCUCCGCCUCAGCGCUGCCACGGCCGGGCCGGCAGCCGCCCCUCACAGCCAGGCCCCGGGGAGGCCCCGCUCACCGGACGGCGGCGGGGAGGAGAAGGCGCGGGGCCCGGGCGACGGAAAGGAGGCUGAGGGGAGCCGCGGGGCCGGGCCGGGCACAGGAGCCGCGGUGCAGCCCGGGGAGGCGGCGGGAGGCGAGGGGGAACCGGGAGGGGCCUCACCUGGCUCCGGACGCGCCGCUCCCGCCUCUGCCGCGUGCAGCUCCCCGCCCUGCUCCCCCACCGGCCCGCGCGGAGCAGCCAAUCAGCGCCCGGCGCCGCCGGCACCGCCAGCCAAUGAACGGAGCGAACGCGUCCCCGCCCAGCGCCGCCGGCGGACAGGGCACGCCCCUCACCCGCGGCCGCAAGCCUAUCCCGUGA